CGCGGCUCCCGAACAACAGAGGGACAUCAUCGGAUCAAACGAGCAGAUGUGUGUAAAGUCUAGAAGCAUCAGUCGGGAUUUUGCAAAGAAUGGGAUAAAAGUUGCUUAGAUGAGGUCCAGUAACUUUCCCCGGCAAAGAUUAAUGGAAUCAGAGGUGCAAUUUGACAUAUAUCAUCGAAUUAAGCAUCAGGAAAAAAUGCUUGCACAAAAUUUCACUGCAACAGAACAAUGGAUGAAAAAGCAGCCUCUUUUCGAAGAAAAUUCCCCAGAGAAGGAUGCCCAUGAUAUGUGUUUCUUUGCUAGUUCAAGUGAGAUAUCAGGUCCUGAAGAAAUCGUCAAUUCUUCCACGACAUUAUCAGAUAUCAUGGACUGUAUUAAUAGAGACAACAGGUACACCAAAUGCAAAGACAAUGUAGCGGAUGAUAAUUCUUUAAUAAGGACAGAAGAUGACCUCCGCUAUAUUGCAACAAUAUUGUCUGGAGGUGGGCAGGUUCAGCUAUGGCAGUUCUUGCUGGAACUACUCAUCGACACAUCCAAUAAUAAUUGCAUUCGCUGGGAGGACUUAAGCGGAGAGUUCCGCAUAGUCGAUCCAGAAGAAGUAGCCCGAAAGUGGGGAAGACGUAAGAAUAAGCCAAACAUGAACUAUGACAAACUGUCUCGAGCACUGAGAUAUUAUUAUGAUAAGAUGAUCCUAAAUAAAGUGCAAGGAAAGCGGUAUACCUACAAAUUCAAUUUCAGAAUCAUGAUACAGAACUUAAAGUCCACUUCCUCUAGGUCUACCGAAGAGGACGUACUGCCAUACUAUACCCAGCAUUGCUCCGUGUCGACAGCCUCUCUGUUCAAUGUGCCACAAAUCAGCAGCCAGUAUUCCGAUCCAGAUUCAGAAACUUUCGGACAAUUAGAAAGCACUAGAAACCACCAGAUGUCAUUAUCUUAUCCAUAUUCAUUUCAGUGUCCUUCUUAUAACUGAAUUAAAUACAAUACACUUACAAACUGUACUGAUACAAUUAUAAUGCUGCUUUGUUGUAAAUAAAUAUUUUUUAUGCAACUAUUAUCAUGAUGAAUUGUUAAUACUUUUAUAUGUUCACU